UCCCGCUCCACGCCGCGGUUGCGAACCACCGUACCGGAGCUCCUCCGCUGAGCUUGGGCAGCCGCGGAGAUGAAGCCGGAGCCGCGGACGCUGCCGCCGUCCCCCAACUGGUACUGCUCACGCUGCAGCGACGCGGCGCCCGGAGGCAUCUUUGGCUUCGCUGCGCGGACCUCCGUCUUCCUCGUCCGCGUGGGCCCGGGUGCGGGCGCGAGCCCAGGGGCGCCCCCGUUUCGAGUGGUAGGAGAGUUGGUGGGACACACUGAAAGAGUAUCUGGUUUCACUUUUUCUCAUCACCCUGGACAAUACAACCUCUGUGCCACCAGCUCAGACGAUGGGACUGUGAAGGUUUGGGAUGUAGAGACCAGGACUGUAGUGACAGAACACACACUCCAUCAGCAUACAAUAUCAGCACUGCAUUGGUCUCCGACAGUUAAGGACUUAAUAGUCUCUGGGGAUGAAAAAGGAGUUGUUUUCUGUUACUGGCUUAACAGAAAUGACAGCCAGCACCUCUUCACAGAGCCCAGGACCAUAUUCUGUCUGACGUGUUCACCUCAUCACGAAAAUCUGGUAGCCAUUGGCUACAAAGAUGGCAUAGUGGUUAUCAUUGACAUCAGUAAAAAGGGAGAAGUUAUUCACAGACUUCGAGGCCACGAUGAUGAAAUCCACUCCAUAGCCUGGUGUCCUCUGCCUGGUGAAGACUGCUUAUCCAUCAACCAAGAGGAAAACUUGGAAGAACCUGACAUUCCCAAUGGGAAGCUUAUAGCAGAAACCCCCAUCACAAAAGGCUGCUACUUAGCCACAGGAAGCAAAGAUCAGACCAUUCGAAUCUGGAGCUGUUCCCGAGGCCGGGGUGUAAUGGUUUUGAAAUUGCCCUUCCUGAAGAGAAGAAGUGGGGGUGUGGACCCAACAGUUAAAGAACGGCUUUGGUUGACACUUCAUUGGCCUAAGAACCAACCAACACAGCUGGUAUCCAGUUGUUUUGGAGGUGAGCUGCUGCUAUGGGACCUCACCCAGUCAUGGAGGCGGAAGUACACGCUCUUCAGCACCUCAGCAGAAGGGCACAAUCAUUCCAGAAUUGUCUUCAAUCUGUGUUCUCUGAAGACUGAAGAUGGCAAGCAGCUGCUACUGUCCACAUCCAUGGAUAGAGAUGUAAAAUGUUGGGACAUGGCCACCCUGGAGUGUUGCUGGACAUUGCCUUCUCUUGGAGGUUUUGCCUACAGCCUGGCCUUUUCUCCUGUGGACGUGGGCUCCCUGGCCAUAGGUGUUGGGGACGGCAUGAUCCGGGUGUGGAAUACACUCUCCAUAAAGAACAACUAUGACGUGAAAAACUUCUGGCAAGGAGUCAAGUCCAAGGUCACAGCGCUAUGCUGGCACCCAAACAAGGAAGGCUGCUUAGCCUUCGGGACCGAUGACGGAAAAGUGGGAUUGUAUGACACCUGCUCCAACAAACCUCCACAGAUUUCAAGCACGUAUCAUAAGAAGACCGUGUAUAGGUUGGCUUGGGGGCCACCAGUCCCCCCCAUGUCACUUGGAGGGGAAGGAGACAGGCCUUCCCUCACCUUGUACAGCUGUGGAGGGGAAGGCGUUGUGCUACAGCAUAACCCCUGGAAGCUCAGUGGAGAGGCCUUCGACAUCAACAAACUCGUGAGGGACACCAACUCCAUUAGAUACAAGCUGCCCGUGCACACAGAGAUCAGCUGGAAAGGAGAUGGCAAAGUCCUGGCUCUUGGGAAUGAAGAUGGAUCAAUAGAAAUAUUCCAAGUCCCCAACUUGAGGCUGCUGUGCACCAUCCAGCAGCACCACAAGCUUGUGAACGCCAUAGUCUGGCACCAUGAGCAUGGCAGCCGUCCAGAGCUGAGUUGUCUCCUUGCUUCUGGCUCCAACAAUGCAGUCAUCUACGUGCACAACCUGAAAGCAGUCCUAGAAAGCAAUCCUGAGUCUCCAGUAACCAUCACAGAGCCCUACCGGACCCUCUCGGGGCACACAGCCAAGAUUACCAGUCUGGCAUGGAGCCCACAUCAUGAUGGAAGGCUGGUAUCUGCUUGCUACGAUGGCACAGCUCAGGUGUGGGAUGCCCUCCGGGAAGAACCUUUGUUCAAUUUCCGAGGACAUCGAGGCCGGCUGCUAUGUGUCGCGUGGUCCCCAGUGGAUCCAGAAUGCAUCUACUCAGGUGCAGAUGACUUCUGUGUCUAUAGGUGGCUGACUUCCAUGCAGGACCAUUCCCGGCCUCCUCAAGGGAAAAAAUGUAUUGAACUAGAGAAAAAACGGCUUUCUCAAUUUAAGCCAAAGCUUAAAAAGAAGAAAAAACCUACCUUGCGACUGCCUGUAAAGCAAGAUUCAUCCGUUGGCAAUGAAGAUGAGAGUGUAAAGGAGAACUCGGGACCUGCUGAGAACGGCUUGUCGGACCAGGACGGUGAGGAGGAAGCCCAGGAGCCAGAGCUGCCUCCCUCUCCUGUAGUUUGUGGAGAACCUGUUUCCUGUACUGACAUUUCCUCAGGCUUUGAAAAGUCAAAAGUCACUGUUAGUAGUAAAGCCACCUCACUGAAAAAGGAGCCACCUAAAGAGAAGCCAGAAGCCUUGCUCAAGAAGAGGAAGGCUCGCUCCAUGCUCCCUUUGAGCACCAGCUUAGACCACAGGUCCAAAGAGGAGCUCCAUCGAGACUGCUUGGUGCUAGCAACUGCAACACAUGCCAAAGAACUAAAUGAAGAUGUGUCUGCCGACCUUGAGGAACGAUUCCACUUGGGCCUUUUCACAGACAGGGCUACUCUGUACAGGAUGAUGGAAACAGAAGGGAAAGGUCACUUGGAAAGUGGCCACCCCGAGCUUUUUCACCAGCUCAUGCUUUGGAAAGGAGAUCUGAAGGGUGUUCUCCAGGCUGCAGCAGAGAGAGGCGAGCUGACAGACAGUCUCGUGGCUGUGGCACCAGUAGCGGGCUACAGUGUAUGGCUGUGGGCUGUGGAAGCCUUUGCCAAGCAGCUGUGUUUCCAGGACCAGUACGUCAAGGCUGCCUCUUAUCUGCUAUCCAUCCACAAAGUGUACGAAGCUGUGGAACUUCUCAAGUCAAACCAUCUCUACAGAGAAGCUAUUGCAGUUGCCAAGGCUCGGCUGCGCCCUGAGGACCCCGUUCUGAAGGACCUAUACCUCAGCUGGGGGUCCAUCCUGGAGAGAGAUGGCCACUAUGCGAUUGCAGCCAAGUGCUACUUAGGAGCCACUUCCGCCUAUGAUGCAGCCAAAGUUCUGGCCAGAAAGGGAGAUGCAGCCUCACUUAGAACAGCUGCAGAGCUGGCUGCCAUAGCAGGAGAACAUGAGCUGGCUGCAUCCCUAGCUCUUAGAUGUGCCCAAGAGCUGCUUCUGGUGAAGAACUGGGUGGGUGCACAAGAAGCAUUGGAACUGCAUGAAAGCCUGCAGGGCCAGAGACUGGUCUUCUGCCUCCUUGAACUUCUAUGCCGGCACCUGGAGGAAAAACAGCCUCUAGAGGUCAGAGGCCCCUCUUCCAUUUACCACCAGUGGGCCACAGGUUCUGAGGGAACCUUGGUGCAGAGAGUAACUGGUGUGUGGCGCAGCGCCUUCAGUGUGGACACCCCGGAACAGUGUCGGGCCGCCUUACAGAAGCUGCAGGAUGUCAAGUACCCAUCAGCAACAAGUAACACUCCCUUCAGACAGCUGCUGCUUCAUGUCUGCCAUGACCUGACCUUGGCAAUGCUGAGCCAACAGGCUGCUGCCUGGGAGGAGGUAGUGCCUGCUCUGCUGCAGGCUGUGGUUCGGAGCUAUACCUCAGGGAACUUCACCCUCAUGCAGGAAAUCUACUCAGCCUUUCUCCCAAGUGGCUGUGACCACCUCCGAGACAAACUGAGUGACCUCUCUCCUGCCAUGACAGCUUUCAAAAGCUUAGAGGCCUUUUGUGUUUAUGGGCAACUCUAUGAAGUCUGGUGGUCGCUCUGUGGGCCUGGCUCUGAAUCAAGCGUCUGGGUGUUGUCAGCUGAAAGCACGGUCUCUGAUAAACAGAGCAAGCCAGAGGACAGUGCCGGUGCGGAGGGCAAGGAGCAGCCUGCGGGCCUGGGCCCGAGGCUCAGUGCAGAGAGUGAGCGUUUGCUGAGUGCCUGCAAGGAGCUUUUCUCAGAACAGCAUGCCAGCCUGCAGACCUCCCAGAGGACUGUAGCCGAAGUCCAAGAGACACUGGCAGAAAUGAUCCGCCAGCACCAAAAGAGUCAGCUCUGCAAGGCCACAACAAAUGGUCCCAGCAGAGAUGAGCCCAGCAGAGAUGAGCCCAGCCAGGAAGCAGAGCGGGCUCCUUCUCAGCCUCCGAGCCCAAACAGAGAAGAAGGAAAUGCACCAGUGUCUCUCCCUGAAUUAACCAGAAAGCUCACAGAGGCGAGGGAGAGAAUAGCGGAGUUUCCAGAGAGUGUGAAGGCCUGGCCCUUUCCAGAUGUACUGGAGUGCUGUCUCGUCUUGCUUCACAUUGGGUCCCAGUGUCCUGGCGCUGUGGACCCUGAGACACAGCAACAGGCCCAGAAGCUCCUUCAAAAGUAUGGGCACACUCGAGCUUACAGAAGACACUGCCAGAGUCGACACACGUGAGCUUCCAGAGGCCAUAAAGCUGUGUCACACGACCCACGACAGCUUCACCUCGGUCGUGGCUCACCAGGCCUUCACCCUGACCUUCAAUGGAAGGAUGCUGUGAUCCAACUGACAGAUGAGGGUGAAGUUUGAAUCCAUUCACAAUGGAGCCUGCCUGGUACCUUUCAAGUGGCUUCCUGGAGUGGAGGGAAAAGCCAGCAGGGUCACUAAGAACUAACCCUGCCAAGACUGUCUCAAGCCUUACGUGGUUUCCCCAAAGAGAAGCCUUUGUAUUCACCCAAAGUCUGUCCACCCCAGAUGCAGCUGCCUUUAUAAAUCCUCACCAUCAGAAAUGUCUCGUUCUGUGGGAGGUACACUCGACAAAUACCUAUCACUGUUGGAGUUUGGGGUUCUUAAUUAUAUUGUUAGCUGGGCCUGCCCACCUCAAAGACUAAAGGAAUUAGCCUUGGAACAUUAGGUUAUUUUAUUCUUUAUGGAGUUGUUUACAUGGACAAGUAGCAAAAGCUUUCCCAGAACAGAGCUAGUGAGGCUGGCUGUUUUCCUCCAGGCUGUGUGACUGGUGGUGGUCAGACAGCUCAGGAAAAAAAUCACUCUUAGUGGUUUGUGUAAUCUUUUGGGGUCAUAGAACCCUUUUUUGAGAAUUGACUUAACACAGCCUAGAGAACAAUGCGUCUUCCUUUUGUGUGUGCCUCCCAGGACAGUAGGCUCCUACCUUGCACCGUGCAGCCCUAAGUACUAUCUACUCACCAGUCCUGGGCUGGACUUCCAACAAGGAAGGUCCAAGACCUGUGCCUCCAUUGUCACUGGUUUCUGGAACAGGAGAAGCAGGUGUGCUCAGGCCGGGUGGGAAGAGCAUGCCUCCCUCCUCUUUCUCCCUAAGGUCCAUUGUAAAGGCUUCAUCUUUGGGCAGCAAAUUUUCCCAACUGGAAAUCCUUGGGACACACAUCUUGAGAUACUUGUGCAUAUCUAGCUUUGGGGUCUAAAAAAUGCUAAGUCCCCCAAAAGAAAAUACUGUCCAGAUGAGGGUGAAACUUGAAUCCACUCACACAAUAGAUCCUGCCUGGUGCCUCCCAAGUGGCUUCCUGUAGUGGAGGGAAAAGCCAGUGGGGUCACUAGACCCCUGCCAAGACUGUCUCAAGCCUUACAUGUGAACUCAAGGAAGAUGCAUUGGUCUGAAAGGCAAGAGUCUUGACAAAGCUAUGAGUGGGCAUGACUAUAUGGAAGGCUGGAUAACUCCCAAGUAGCUUCAUCUAUAGGGAACGUUGGUUCCCUCCACUUAAAAGAGCAGUUGGUAAGCUACAAACUCAGCUUUGUGGUUUGCUGAAACAAGUACCUGUUGGGAGUAAUCCUGCACACUGCAUGCCUCUUUCUUCUGAGGAAAACUCAGAGGCAUGAGGGAUUCAAAUUCAAGUCCAGCCUAGGUGAUAGUCAAUAGAUUCCUAGUCAAUAAUCUAAGAGACUAGAGAGAUGGCUUGGGUUAAGAGCACUGGCUGUACUUCCACAGGAUCUGGGUAGUUUUAGCCCCACAAGAAACCUAAAGUAAAACUACCCAAUGGGAAAAUUAAAAUGGCAACUGUUUUCCUCUUAUCUGCUCUUUUCAAUAAUGUAUAUCAACUUGCUAGUACUUGAAUAUUGUCAUUUCUGUAUCCCUAGUUAUAAGAACCAAAAGACCCUGAGAAGCAAAGGCAUUCACUCAAGGUUCUAGCGGGAAAUGUUACUCCUGUGUGUGUGUUUGGGGGAGGGGGGUUAACCUUUCUAAGGUAAUUUGGUCUAGACCUCCAUUCCAGUUACCCACACCACCACCUCGUAGCACUGUCCAUCUCAUGCCCUGGAUCUGUUCUCAACAUCUCCUUACCCCUCCCUCUGCCAGUGAGUGCGUUCCUUUCCUGUCAGCGUCUUACCCCGUGUGGAUUCUGGCCCAGCUGCUGCCACCUUGACUGACUUACUCAUCCCUUAACCUCAGCUGGAUUUUUUUUUUCACCAAAAAACCACUCCCAAUCCCUAGACCUUAAACUCAAUGAGUUUAUACAAUUCAGACUGUAUUUGUGUAAAAUCAUUUACUGUCUGGCAACAAGGUAGGCGUCUCUGUGUUCACCCUAGCACCUACUAGAGUGUAGUUAAUG